AUGUUCUCGCGUGGCCACCCGUGUCUAAGAAGGCGCCUUCCUGUCGUCUUGGACACCGUCGCGGCCGGCCCCGAUGAACCACUACUGUUCCUCUACCCCCGAUGGGCCGCGUCUGCCCUCCGCCAUCACCGACCGAUCACGUCCUUGACGCCCGCUGCAGCUCCGGUGAAAGGCUGCCGUGCUCUUUUUCGAUCCACUGUUUGCCUUCGUGUUCCUUCGCCGACGUUACGGAGUCAAAAGUGUCAAUGGGUCUCUUCGAGUGCGGUUUCUCUUAGAAAAGCUCGCGGUGGUGCGAGUAACUACGUGGACCUAGUGGCGGAGGUUGCAGAUACGAACUCUGGGGGAGGCAAAAAGCUUGCAGGAGAUAUAGACUCGAACCAGGAUGUUACAACAGGGCCAAAGCAGCCAGUCGAUCAUUCAGUCGGCCUUCCCGAUGUCCCAUCGACUGGGCUUACACAGAAAAAGGGACGGGGCCGGAGGAGGGUGCUAGGCUCACGAGGUCUUUCAAGAUUAAGGCCUCAGUCGAAAGCACUAUCUGUUCGGGAUCGAAGGCUGCUACGCUCUGGCAAUUUUAUCGGCAAAAGAUUAGCUGCAAGGCAAUCUGCCACCAGGCCGGGCAGACCUGUGCCAUCAUGGCGCCAAGUAAAGGACUUGCUCAAGCAACUGCAGGAAAGGAAGAGAUUGCUACCGAGGAAGAGUUCCAAGCACACGGAGAUUCUCAUUCCUGAAGAGACCGUGGGACUGCUGGUAGGUGUCUCGGACCACUCUUUCAAAGAGAACAUCUAUUUCUCGUCAAUCCGCAACGAUGGUGCUGCGUCGGAGGGCGACGGGCUCUCCCGCAAAGCGAUUCUGUCGGGUUCGGAAGAUGCUAAGGAGUUGGUGAAAGAGUCCAUCACUCGCGCCCAUAUGCUGCAAACAAGCGGUGACCCACUCGUCGAGAUGGCUAAGCCGCCCGUUCCUGUUUUCUCUACGACGCUUUCAGUGCACGAGAAGAAGGGACCUAUACCUUUGGUCCGUGGUGUUUGGUCUCGUGCGAAAUAUAGACCCCAGAGUCUGGAUCAGGUUCUUAAGUUCCGCCGGCCUAUUACUUCCGUCAAAGCUUUCUUGGAGCAUAUCGAGGACUUGACUCGAGUGCAGAGAAAGUCAUUCCGGAAGACUUCAGGCCCGCCUAGCAUUCCUUACCAGCAGCUGGUUGCGCAAGAAUUAUUGGCAUUGUAUCAAGGAGAUCAAAACCGCAAGUUCUUCUCAACUGCGGCUUUGAAUUGCACGUUGGAAUAUCUAUGCAAGUGCGAGAUGUUCAACGCUGUCCGAGAGGUGUUCAAUUCGGCAGAGCAAAUCGCUACUGUGGACAGCUACAACAUCCUUCUGGACUCGGCAGCGCGGCGCAUGGACAGAAGCGCUUUUUACGUUUUCUUGAACUCUAUGCGACGAAAACGUAUUCAUCCAAACUCAUCAACAUGGAUUGCCUUGCUAAAGAGUAUGGCUACAGCUUCCAGCAAGGCCAGUCUUAUUCAGUACAUGGCGCGGAAAGGCAUUUUGGACGUCCCCGGCUCGGUUCAAAGUGUGAUUCGGUUGACGAUUGACGAUUCCUUACGCCUGCAUCUGAAAAGUGGCCAAGGUGUUGCAUCUUUUGUUAACAUGAUGGCUCAGACUCAUGGGGCCAACUGGAUCAAUUCAACCCUACUUGCCCAGAUGGUCGGUGUGAUUGCUCGGAUGAAAGAUUAUGAUGCCCUGGACCAGUUCUUGAAGCUCUGCAAUGAUCAUAAUCUCCCGAUUGAAAGCAACUCCCUUACUCCUAUCGUGACCAUGUUUCGCGGAAGCAUCUUCAACGCCAUUCACUACGCCAUCCAAUUCCUCAAUCGCCCUUUGUUCAAAUUAGAUGUCGAAACUUACGAAAUCUUGUUCCUGCUGGCCUAUAAAGCUCGCCGCUAUAACAUCUGCCGUGUUCUGUGGUGCUUUGCCUGCACUGAAGACAAAGUGACCUACAAGAUGCGCAAAACCGUCUUGACCUCUCUCGCCCGCAACGUCUCAAUAGUUCCGGGAAGCAACGAUAUCUCGAAAAUCUGGCUCACCAGCGCUGGCAACGUGAUCAGUGGUAUGGACCUCAAUGGCCUUCGCAAGUUCCCAGCGUAUAUCAUGAAGAAUCUCCCAGAUGAGUUCAGAGAGGAGCCACUCCUUUACCUGGCCCGCGGGUUCCAGCCAAAGGGCCCGCAGCGUGAUCUUCAGCUACAACUAGCCAAUCUUGUUAUCAAUCAAGAUAUUGAACUUGGCCCUAGGUUCAGAAUUGAUCUUUCUUUGGGCAUUAUGCUAGAAGCUGCGGCUACUCUGGAUCGUGAAUGGGCUGGCAAACCUUGGCCCUUGACGUGGUUGAAGCAAAAUGCCAUCGAGGUGCCCACGAAGUUGCUUGCAUUUGUUUGA